CCAAACCGGAAGUUUAGCUGUUGUUGUCACACUGGAAGAAAAUGGCUGCUGCUCCGACUUUUUUUCAAUGAAGACCCUGAAAUUUCAAUUUCAUUUCGUUCUCUUGCAUUGGAGUUGCAGUCGUCCGCUAUGCAAUCUAAAAGGGUGUGAAUGGUCACUUUAGGAAGGUGACAGUGUGGGGCAGAAAGGACAGCAUCGUCUACCGUCACUCGCCUUGCAACUGGCGGUGGACCACAAUGCAACAAGUUUUGGAAUAUGCAUUGGAUCGAGCCGAGUACAUUGUUGAAAGUGCUCGACAGCGACCAGCCAAAAGAAGAGUCUCAUCUGGUGGGAGGAAGAGUUUGUAUCAGAAGCUCUAUGAGUUGUAUAUAGAGGAAUGUGAGAAAGAGCCAGAGUUAAAGAAUUCGAGGAGAAAUGUGAAUCUACUGGAGAAGCUGGUGUCUCAGGAGUCGGUAUCGUGUCUGGUGGUCAACCUGUACCCUGGGAAUGAAGGCUACUCUCUAAUGCUCAGGGGCAAGAAUGGAUCUGAUUCUGAAACUAUCCGUCUGCCAUAUGAAGAAGGAGAGCUGCUGGAGUACCUGGAUGCUGAGGAGCUGCCUCCUAUCCUGGUGGAUCUGUUGGAGAAGUCACAGGUGAACAUCUUCCAUUGUGGCUGUGUGAUAGUCGAGGUUAGGGACUACAGACAGUCUGGCAAUACCAAGAUGCCCACCUAUCAGAGCAGACACAUCCUGCUACGGCCAACCAUGCAGACUCUAAUCUGUGAUGUCCAUGCCAUGACCACUGACCACCACAAGUGGACACAGGAUGACAAAUUGCAGUUGGAGAGUCAGCUGAUUUUGGCCACAGCUGAACCUCUUUGUCUGGACCCCUCCAUCUCUGUCACCUGCACCGCCAACCGCCUGCUCUACAACAAACAGAAAAUGAACACUCGCUCCAUGAAACGGUGUUUUAAGCGACACUCUCGAGCAGCCCUGAACAGGCAGCAGGAGCUGUCCCACCUGCCCGUGCCACCACAGCUCCGGCUCUAUGACUACCUACAGAGGAGAAAGGAGCGGAAACCUGCCCCGUUCAUUGACCUCAAGAUCUCCAAGAUCGGAAACUGUGUUGACAUGUGGAAACAGAGCAACUGCCAACUAAGUGUACCGAAGGAAAUUGACGUGGAGAAAUAUGCUGUGGUUGAGAAAUCGCUGCAGUUGGAGGACUCUCAGCCCACUGUGAUCUGGCCUGCUGAGGAGGUUGUAGAUGACUACACGUUCGAGUGCGAGGUGGGGGGCCAAGCCCAGAGGACCAAGGUGUCUAUCUUCCAGUCGAUGGGAGACCCGCUGGUGUAUGGGAAGAUCUACUGUGCUAAAGAACCAAAAGCAGAGGAGGACAGCACAGACCUAAAGCUCAUACAUCCACCAUUCCUCAUAGGCUCAAAGAUAGAUGCAGACCGGUUUCUUACUCAGUAUAAAGGAGUGUAUGAGAGGGAUGUGAAGUGUCAGGUGAAGAUGUCCCAUAACUCAGGCAACAUGGGACAGGGGCCUCCCUCGCCCAGCAAAGAUGAGGGUGAUAGUUUUUCUGCACUGGUCCAGACGUCUGUGUUGGGGAAAGGGGUGAAGCACCGCCCUCCUCCCAUCAAGCUGCCUUCAGGAUCGGGCAGCAGCUCCUCAGGUAAUCCAUAUAGCUCCCAAACCACCAGUGGUCUACUCAAGUGUCCUACGCCCCCUCCAGCCAAAAGCCAGCCUCUGAAUAGGAAGCACUCCCUGGAGCUGGGCCAGGUGGGCCUGCUGUCCCCGGCCUCGCUGUCUCCCAUGGGCUCCACGCAGAGAUCGGGGACCCCCAAGCCAUCCACCCCCACACCCACUAACACGCCCUGCUCCACCCCGCACCCCGCAGACUCGCUCAGUGCUCCUCUUUCGGUGACCCCCACCCCUUCAGACCCUCCCAUGGUGCAGGCCCAGUCGCAGCCCACCCUUCUCGCCCCCUUCGCCCAGCAGCAGCUGGCUCUGAGCCAGCCCUUACCCGUCAUGACCAUCCCCCUGCCCACCAUGGGUACAUCCAUCACCACGGGCACCACCUCGUCGCAGGUCAUGGCCAACCCGGCAGGCCUCAAUUUCAUCAACGUCGUGAGCUCUGUCUGUAGUCCACAGACCCUGAUGAGCGGCUCCAACCCCAUGCUGGGACCAGGCCUUAAUCUGAGUGGCAUCUUGCCGCCUGGAGGACUGAUGCCCACCAUGCAGUCUACAGGACAGUCCGGGAGUCCGUUUGGCCUGAACAGCAGUGCCGGGUUGAGACCUCUGAACUUACUGCAGAUCCCCACUGGUCCUCUCAUCUUUAACUCUCUGCAGCAGCAGCAGCUGUCUCAAUUUUCCCCACAGCAGAGUCAGUCAGCCACUUCCAGCCCUCAGCAGCAGGGGGAGACGGGUGACCAGGGCUCAGAUCAGAGUUUAGGGAACCAACAGACGGCGGUCAUCAACCUGGGAGUUGGAGGCUUCAUGUCUCCGCAGGCAGCAGUGCUGUCCCAGUUGGGCUGUGGGCUGGACGGGUCUGGGCCCCCGCUGCCUUCUCCAAGGCUUCAGCAGCAGCACCAGCCACAGAUCCAAUUGCAAUUCUUGCAGCACCAAAUGCAGCAGCAGCAAAUGGCUAUGGGAGCAGCAGCUCCUCAGGGGGCGGCGCCACGGCAACAUACCGCCAACCAACCAAGAAGUAAGAGGAAGAGGAGCAUGCCGCAGCCCAUCCCGAAAUCAUGACAGACAACACACACACACACACACACACACACACACACACACACUAAAAUGCCACCCCACUACGAACCCAUCAUCAUGAGGACAUGAAUGAUCCAUACUGUGCUCUUUGUCUGUCUCACUGUGGAGAUUGCAGACAGAAAGACUUUUUUGUCCUUUUUGUUUGUCUUUUUCUAGCUGAGAAAUGUAACGAUUUGUAUGUAAUGGUUGUCAGAGGUUUUGGAGAACCAAAACUAUGUCCACCACAGAGGAUGGGAUUUUUUAGAACAGGGAGCCCUACACUUAAAGAACCUUACUGAUAUUUUUUGAGAUGAAACAGAAAAAAGAUGGUUCUCAUAGGUAGAGGGCUUCCACAAUAACAAAUUUCCACUUCAGGAAGACUUUCUCUAUGGAGGCCCUGUUGACUGAGAGGAUCGUUAACGCACAUUUUCAGAGGAUUCCUCGUGAACCUGCCUGGUCCUCCUGUCUCUGCUCGGUUGACCCCGGUAGAAACUGCCCUUACGCACGGAUCCCGGUUGAGCUUAUUCACACCAAAUCCUCCACAUAACCAUUACAUGUGAAAAUGCAAAUCUGACCUUGGAGUAGUGCCUGGGGCAGCCCUCUACCUCUCAGUCUGUUGGAAGUCCUUAUUCUAUUAAUAAUCCUGGCACAGGGCUCGACCGAGGACUUAAGAUCAACAUGCAAGACGGUGUAUCUGCUUUUGUACAGCACAUUUUGAAAAAGGCAUUUCCUUUUAAUUAGUUCAGGAGCCAUGAGCGUAUUCUUACAAGACAUCAAGCGAGUGUGCGUGUGAGAUAUUUCUGGACACUGAGGAAUAAUUUUUUAAGCGGUCUUUGUCAGCAGUUUUAUUGUU